AUGUCCAACAUCUCUGCGCAGGUCUCAGGCUUCUCCUCGUCAGCUCAGUGUUGUCAGAGUCUGGAAGAAGACACAUUGGACUGUGAACCUGAGCUCUCUCUGGUCCAGCUGACUCUGGACCAUCUGACUCUGGACCAUCUGACUCUAGACCAGCUGUCUCUGGUCCAGCUGUCUCUGGACCAGCUGUCUCUGGACCAGCUGUCUCUGGACCAGCUGUCUCUGGACCAGCUGUCUCUGGUCCAGCUGUCUCUGGACCAGCUGACUCUGGACCAUCUGACUCUGGACCAUCUGACUCUGGUCCAGCUGACUCUGGACCAUCUGACUCUAGACCAGCUGUCUCUGGUCCAGCUGACUCUGGACCAUCUGACUCUAGACCAGCUGUCUCUGGUCCAGCUGACUCUGGACCAUCUGACUCUAGACCAGCUGUCUCUGGUCCAGCUGACUCUAGACCAUCUGACUCUAGACCAUCUGACUCUGGUCCAGCUGUCUCUGGACCAGCUGUCUCUGGACCAUCUGUCUCUGGUCCAGCUGACUCUGGACCAUCUGACUCUGGACCAUCUGACUCUAGACCAGCUGUCUCUGGACCAUCUGACUCUAGACCAGCUGUCUCUGGACCAGCUGUCUCUGGACCAGCUGUCUCUGGACCAGCUGACUGAGGAGCCUGCAGACCUGGGCACCUCCCCCUGA